UUUUGAUUCCAGUGGAAUCUUCGCUUUAGCUGUUGUGCGUGUGUGUGGGGGCGUGUGCGCGCGUGUGUGUGCGUGUGUGUGUGUGUGUGUGUGUGUGUGUGUGUCAGUGAACUGCAACUCCAGAAGCGAUGCCUGUGCAAGCUCCGCAGUGGACGGAUUUCCUCUCCUGCCCAAUUUGCACUCAGACUUUCGACGAAACUAUCCGGAAGCCCAUCAGUUUGGGCUGUGGCCAUACUGUCUGCAAGAUGUGCCUGAAUAAACUCCACCGCAAGGCUUGCCCAUUUGACCAGACCACUAUCAAUACAGACAUCGAGCUCCUUCCUGUGAACUCAGCAUUGCUGCAGCUCGUGGGUGCUCAGGUCCCUGAGCAGCAGCCCAUUACUUUGUGUAGUGGGGUUGAAGAUACCAAGCAUUAUGAGGAGGCCAAGAAAUGUGUGGAAGAGUUAGCAUUGUACCUGAAACCACUUAGCAGUGCUAGAGGAGUGGGUCUGAACAGCACUACUCAGAGUGUUCUGAGUCGCCCGAUGCAGAGGAAGCUGGUGACUCUGGUCCACUGCCAACUAGUGGAAGAAGAAGGCAGGAUCCGUGCCAUGCGAGCAGCUCGAUCUUUAGGUGAACGAACAGUCACGGAGCUGAUUCUCCAGCACCAGAAUCCUCAGCAGCUCUCUUCGAAUCUGUGGGCAGCGGUCAGGGCGAGGGGAUGCCAGUUCCUGGGACCAGCAAUGCAGGAGGAAGCUCUAAAGCUGGUUCUCCUGGCCUUGGAAGAUGGUUCUGCUUUGUCAAGAAAAGUAUUGGUUCUCUUCGUGGUGCAGAGGCUGGAGCCACGGUUUCCUCAGGCUUCUAAAACUAGCAUCGGGCACGUCGUCCAGCUCCUUUACAGGGCUUCCUGCUUCAAGGUCACCAAACGUGAUGAAGACUCUUCUUUGAUGCAGCUGAAAGAAGAAUUUAGAACCUACGAAGCUCUGCGGCGAGAACAUGACUCCCAGAUAGUGCAGAUCGCUAUGGAAGCAGGCUUACGCAUUGCACCGGACCAGUGGUCCUCUUUGCUGUAUGGAGACCAGUCUCACAAAUCUCACAUGCAGUCCAUUAUCGACAAGUUGCAGACCCCAGCCUCUUUUGCACAAAGUGUUCAGGAACUAACAAUUGCUCUCCAGCGGACUGGAGAUCCAGCCAACUUGAACCGACUAAGACCCCAUUUGGAGCUAUUAGCAAACAUUGACCCUAGUCCAGAUGCUCCUCCUCCUACUUGGGAACAGCUAGAAAAUGGACUGGUUGCUGUGCGUACGGUGGUCCAUGGCCUGGUAGAUUAUAUCCAGAACCACAGCAAGAAAGGAGCAGAUCAACAGCAGCCUCCACAGCACAGCAAAUACAAAACAUAUAUGUGUCGUGAUAUGAAGCAGAGAGGAGGAUGCCCUCGCGGGGCCAGCUGUACGUUCGCACACUCACAGGAGGAACUGGAAAAAUUUCGUAAAAUGAACAAACGCCUGGUUCCCAGAAGACCCCUGAGUGCCUCUUUGGGUCAGCUUAACGAAGUAGGCCUGCCUUCUCCGUCUGUCCUCCCGGAUGAAGGUGCCGUGGACCUGCCGAGCAGAAAAGCCCCCGCCCUGCCAAAUGGCAUUGUGUCAGCAGGGAGUACAGUAACACAGCUGAUUCCGCGGGGGACAGACCCCAGCUACGAUUCUAGCCUGAAACCAGGGAAGAUCGAUCAUCUGAGCAGCAGCGCCCCCGGAUCUCCUCCUGACCUGCUGGAGUCUGUCCCCAAGAGUAUUUCCGCCUUAUCUGUGACUCCACACCCCGUUCCUCCGAGGGGGCCAGCAGACCUGCCUCCUGUACCUGUCCCCAAGCGGGGCUCUCAGCUGUACCCAGCACCGCAGGCGGACGUGUACUACCCAGACCCGCGAGGGGCGCCGCCGUUCGAACCAGCCCCUUACCAGCAGGGUGUGUACUAUACUCCGCCACCGCAGUGUGUGUCCCGCUUUGUCCGACCUCCACCGUCUGCUCCGGAACCGGGUCCUCCCUACUUGGAUCAUUACCCACCUUACCUCCAGGACCGCGUAGUCAGCUCUCAGUACGGCACACAGCCACAGCAGUACCCGCCCAUGUACCCGCCGCACUAUGAUGGCCGGCGAGUGUACCCUGCUCCUCCUAGAGAGGAGCUUUUCCGAGAAAGUCUCAUACCCAUUGAGAUCCCUGCGGCAGUACCGCCCUACGUGCCAGAAUCCAGAGAAAGAUACCAACAGAUGGAGGGUUACUAUCCAGUGGCCCCUCAUCCAACUCAGAUCAGACCUUCGUACAUCAGAGAGCCUCCUUAUAGCCGGCUUCCUCCCCCUCCCCAGCCCCAUCCUAGCCUAGAUGAGCUGCAUCGAAGACGAAAGGAGAUAAUGGCCCAGCUAGAGGAAAGGAAAGUGAUCUCGCCGCCUCCUUUUGCGCCUUCACCAACCUUGCCUCCCACCUUCCAUCAAGAGGAAUUUUUGGAUGAAGACUUGAAAGUAGCUGGGAAAUACAAAGGAAAUGAUUAUAGCCAGUAUUCUCCCUGGUCAUGUGACACCAUCGGCUCCUACAUUGGAACCAAAGAUGCAAAACCCAAAGAUGUUGUGGCAGCAGGGAGCGCGGAAAUGAUGAAUGUGGAGAGUAAAGGAAUGCGAGACCAGCGAUUGGAUCAUCAGAGAAGAGCCACGGAAGCCAGUGACGACGACCUCAUCCCGUUUGGAGAUCGACCAACAGUCUCUCGGUUUGGUGCCAUCUCUCGAACUUCCAAAACGAUAUAUCAGGGUGCUGGCCCAAUGCAGGCCAUGGCGCCUCAGGGAGCUCCCACAAAAUCUAUCAACAUUUCAGAUUACAGUCCGUAUGGAGCCCAUGGCGGCUGGGGCGGGUCUCCGUACUCCCCUCAUCAAAACCUACCUUCUCAGGGACACUUCAGUGAGAGAGAGAGAAUAUCCAUGUCGGAAGUGGCCAGUCAUGGAAAACCCCUUCCGUCUGCUGAGAGGGAGCAGCUCCGACUAGAAUUGCAGCAGCUGAACCAUCAGAUUAGCCAGCAGACCCAGCUACGUGGACUAGAGGCUGUUAGUAACAGGCUGGUGUUGCAGAGGGAGGCGAACACCCUGGCAGGCCAGUCACAGCCCCCACCGCCACCUCCAAAGUGGCCCGGAAUGAUCUCCAGUGAGCAGCUGAGCUUGGAACUGCACCAGGUGGAAAGGGAAAUCGGCAAGAGAACCCGGGAGCUGGGCAUGGAGAACCAGUGUUCUGUGGACAUAAAAAGCAAAUUGAAUACAAGUAAGCAAGCAGAAAAUGGACAGCCGGAACCACAAAAUAAGGUUCCAGCUGAGGACCUUACAUUGACAUUCAGUGUUAACAGUGAUGUGCCGAAUGGAUCGGCCUUGACACAAGAGAAUGUCAGCCUCCUGUCAGCCAAGACUGGCUCUCUGAGCCUGUCCGAGGACCCCGAGGGGGGCGGAGACAACAGCGACUCCCAGAGGUCGGGAGUGGCACCCGGUUCUGCUCCCUGAACUACGAGGAGUCCCACGUUUAUCUUCUGCUCCUAACCCGCCGAUGGGGCACGGGGCGGAAGGACGAUGACUUCACACUUUUGCUCUGAGUGGUCAGAGGAGUCCCGGCAGAGCGCCAGAGGCAAUGUGCACAAACACCGCUACUGAGACAGACCCUGCACAUAGUUCACACUGAUGCAUUUUUUAAUUUAAAAAAAGAAAAAGAAAAAGAAAAUUAGCAGUAUCUGCAAGCAAUUCAGAUUAAAUUUGUUUUUGUUCUGUGAAUGAACUUUAUUUUAAUAACUUUGGACGCCUUGGAUCCAGGGCUUUAAAAAAAAGAAGAUAUUAUAUAUACACUCUGUUCGAUUAAUUGUAUGAUCUUAAUGAGUAGGUUUUUCUUGUAUUUUGGUAUUAUUACAUACCCAGUGUAUAAUCCCUGACCCACAAUCCUUUCCACUUCUCACAACCCUAUAAAUUAAAGCAGACAAAAAGCACCGGCCUUUCUGACAGUUCUGGGGUGCUUGACAGGCAAAGAGACAGUAACAGACCAGUUAUUAGAAAAUGUGCAGCGAACCAGCUCUUCUGAGAACUGGUAUGUGGAAGUCAUGAUUUCCUUUUCCUUUCCGGGUCGCUGUCUUCCCGUGUAGCUGUGCUUUUCCCAUGGCAUUACAACUUUCAGGAAGAUCUCAUUUCUUGUUUUCGCUUUUAACCUCUCAGAGAGAUAGUUACCAGUUAGUUUUUGAAGUCUUCAUUUCCAUAUUAUGGGUUCUUUUCAUUCUCUAAUGUAAUCAGAAAACCAAGUCUCUGUCUUGGCUUGUCUGGUCGGAUUUAAAUGGAGGUUAAGUUUUAAAUGAACUGGAACUGAGCGCUGAAGUCACAUGGUCGGCGUAGGCCCUGUGUCGAGCUGCUGGUUGGAAAUUUCCAAAUUGAGCUUCCGUUGAAAUUACAGAGUGUUGAAAAAUCAGGACAAUCGACCAUGCUUUACAACUGCAACAUUUGAUUUGAACUUAAAAUGAACAGAGAGCCACAUUAAUUCAGCGGAUGCUUUGGUUUUACUCCCAAAACCCAAAAAUGUAAAAUAAAAUCCCUAUACACUGGCACCUCUGGCUUUCAAAGAGAUUUGCCUGGAUCUUAAAGGUAGUUUACGAAUUGCUCAGUGGUUGCCAUUCGGAAUCCCAGCACAGCAGGUCAUAGGUACCUAGAAGUUUAUUUUAGACUUGGCUCUACCUUACUGAAAAAAUUCUUCGUGAAAGUUGGAAAGAAUAAGGAAGAAUCUUUAUUAUUUAGUUCUGCUGCACAUAUUCUGAUGGCACGUGUCUAUACUGAACUAAGAACCCUAUAAAACACGGGAUCAUUUGAUACAGUCACCCUCCCCAUCCCUCUGUUCGCCUGAUUUUUAAAAAUUUUUCCUUUCUGGAUUAUACUACUAAAACAGAAAGCACUGGUUAUGUAAUAAGUUACUGCAUUGCUUUGGUUGGGUAAAAGCAAGAGUUUGUAUUUUUCUUGUUUCUUAUUUUCUUAACCCUUAACUCCUGCUGAGGUCAUAACCUCAGUCUAAGCUCUGCGUCUUCAUACUAUUGACUGAAACAAAUUGUGGGGGGUGGGGGUACACAGUCCUGCCGUUGCCUACCAGUAGGAGAGCCCAAACAGAACACUCUUUUGAGUAGCGAUUAUUUAAUUUGCCCAGUCAAGGCACCGUGUUUAUAUACUAUUUCACAUUGAAUUUGAUUAUGCCCUACAGACCUGGCUGGUCAAGGAUUUGAUAUACACAUAUUGGCUUGGGAUUCGAGCUUUCUUUUUUAUUUAAAUAAAAAUUUAUAUAUAUAUUAUAUAUAUACAGAUAUACAUAGCUAUAUCUGCAUAUAUAUUGGGUAUGUUUUAAGGGUUUUUUUCGCACGAGCGCAGCUGUCGCAGUACGACUAGUUGGGAGGUGGGAGCAUUGAAUGAGGACGAGGCGUCUUUUUCAGUUGAUUCCAUGUUUUCCUUUUUUGUUAAUGUACUUGCUCUUUUGCUUUGUUUUGAUUUGCUUAAUACCCUCUUACAGUUACUCUUUAAACGCUUAUUGUUUUUUGGGAGAAGGAGAGAAACUGUAUGUCUGACAGGGUCCCAAGGUUUUUCAUUUCUCUAUGUAACCAUAAAAGGCAACAUUUGUGGCCUCCAGCCUGUCGGAGGCAGAUUCAAGCAGAUUCAAGCAGAUCUCACUUCUCCUUUGGACACGUUAAAUAAGUCCUGAAUUUCAGAAGCAGUUGGUUCAGUUGGGAACUCGAAAUGAUUCUGCUAUUGAAAAGGAACUUACAGGUAUUGAUUUUGUUAAAGUUCAGAAUAAAAGUAAAGUUCCAUUUUGGGUAUCUCUUGAAACCCGUAAUAACUCGACUUCUGUUAUUCUUGGUCUUGUUUCCUUCAGAUACAUUCAUUCUUGCUUUCAACAUUUUGAUUUUGUAAACUAGGCAAGAACAGGAAUUAAUUUAUACAGUAUUCCUAUUCAAAAUAAAAUCAUAAAAGUCACUGUUUUGAAUUGA